AUGACCAACCCCAUCGAACUCCCCAAGGAGAUCUGGCUUGAAGUCAUCUCUCACCUAGACUACUUCGACCUAAAGAAGUGCAUGCGCGUUAGCAAGGAGUUCAAAUCAUUCACCGAGCUUCCUGUUUGCCAGGAAACGAUGUUUCGCUCAUCGAAGAAACUCAUUCCCGAAGGCGGCGCUAUCAACUUAGACAACAUCCAAAUGCACCCAGCAUUCGACCUCAUGGCUUUCGAGUGCGCCACCAAGAUUGAACACGUCGAAUUCUACACUGGCAAGGACUACAAUGGUAUCGUCGCCCUAACUGAUACCUGCGCUGCCGAGGAGUACGCUACCGACCCUCCUGUCGCCUUCAUCCGCCUCCAGAUUCACUCUUGGCCUGCUGUUCAGGUCACAAACAAGUCCGGCGUCACAGUCGUCCAGGUCAUGAAAUCUCUCUGCCGCUUCUUCUCCAAAGACGACCAUCGCGAGUCAAUGGGCGAUCACACUGGUUGGACCGGCUGGGAUGAGACAAAGCUCGAUCGUAAAGGCCGUCUGCUCCUACGCGCUAUGUGGUUCGACUCUUAA